AUCUCAAACCUUAGAGUAGAGCAAAACUGCAACGGCCAGAAAUCUCUUGCCCUAAAAAGUCCAUUAAAAUUGUAGAGCGUCGCUUCAACGCGUAGAACCCUAAGCAAUCAUAGCACAAAACCGAAAGCUUUUCGAAGACUAUCUUGGUAAGAAGUUUUACACAGGAAAUAUGAGGAAGAAGGUGGACGAGCGAAUCCGAACUCUCAUAGAAAACGGCGUCAGACUGCGACACCGUUCAUUGUUUGUCAUCGUCGGUGACAAGUCCCGUGACCAGAUUGUGAAUCUUCACUACAUGCUAAGCAAGGCAGUGGUAAAAUCCAGGCCAACUGUUUUGUGGUGCUACAAGGAUAAACUUGAAAUUAGCAGUCACCAGAGAAAACGUAAAAAGCAGGUUGAAAAGCUAAUGAAAAGGGGACUCCUGGAUCCUGAGAAAGUGACUCCUUUUCAACUUUUUAUUGAAACCGGAGGGUUAACUUAUUGCUUGUACAAGGAUUCUGAAAGGAUUCUUGGGAAUACUUUUGGCAUGUGCAUAUUACAGGAUUUUGAGGCUUUGACACCAAAUCUACUCGCCAGAACGAUAGAAACGGUUGAGGGUGGUGGAUUGAUAAUACUGUUGCUUCGAUCUCUCGCCUCGCUGACGAGUCUGUACACCAUGGUCAUGGACGUUCAUGACAGAUUCCGCACAGAAUCCCAUUCCGAGGCUGCUGGGCGCUUCAAUGAGCGUUUCUUGUUGUCCCUCGCAUCCUGCAAAGCCUGUGUGGUUAUGGAUGAUGAACUGAAUAUUUUACCAAUCUCAUCUCAUUUAAGAUCAAUAACCCAUGUUCCAGUUAAAGAGGACUCUGAAGGGCUUUCGGAAACACAACGGGACCUGAAAAACCUGAAAGAAGAACUAAAUGAUGAUUUCCCUGUUGGUCCGUUGAUCAAAAAGUGUUGUACGUUAGAUCAGGGAAAAGCCGUCAUUACAUUUCUUGAUGCAAUAUUGGAUAAGACACUACGUAGUACAGUUGCUUUGCUUGCUGCCCGUGGUCGUGGGAAAUCAGCUGCGCUUGGUUUAGCAGUGGCUGGGGCUAUUGCUGCUGGGUACUCUAAUAUCUUUGUUACUGCGCCUAGCCCUGAAAACUUAAGAACAUUGUUUGAUUUUGUGUGCAAGGGUUUUAAUGCGCUAGAAUAUAAGGAGCAUUUAGAUUAUGAUGUGGUGAAAAGUGCAAAUCCUGAGUUUAGGAAAGCAACCGUUCGCAUCAAUAUUUACAAGCAACACAGGCAAACAAUACAGUAUGUAGAGCCUCACAAACACGAGCAGCUCAAUCAGGUAGAGCUACUGGUUAUUGAUGAAGCAGCUGCUAUCCCGUUGCCAAUUGUUAAGUCCUUGCUUGGUCCUUAUCUGGUCUUCCUUUCAUCCACUGUGAAUGGCUAUGAAGGUACUGGCCGGUCUUUAUCGCUGAAACUUCUGCAACAAUUGGAGGAGAAAAACCACAUGCCUGCUUAUAAAACAGAGGGCUCUCUUUCUGGCCGUCUUUUCAAAAAGAUAGAGCUGAAUGAAUCUAUCAGAUAUGGUUCAGGUGAUCCAAUAGAAUCCUGGCUUAAUAACUUACUUUGCUUGGAUGUUGCAAACAGCAUACCUAAUAUCAACAGGCUGCCUCCACCGGAUGAGUGCGAUCUCUAUUAUGUUAACCGGGACACACUUUUUUCCUACCACAAAGAUAGUGAGUUAUUUUUGCAGAGAAUGAUGGCCUUAUAUGUUGCUUCUCACUACAAAAAUUCGCCCAAUGACUUGCAACUAAUGGCUGAUGCUCCAGCACAUCAUUUAUUUGUGUUACUUGGGCCUGUUGAUGAGUCAAAAAAUCAGCUUCCUGAUAUCUUAUGCGUUCUCCAGGUCAGUCUUGAAGGUCAAAUAUCUCGUAACUCUGCAAUUAAAAGUUUGAGUGACAGCCAUCGACCCUCUGGGGACCAAAUACCAUGGAAAUUCUGUGAACAAUUCCGGGAUACAGAUUUCCCUAGCCUUUCUGGUGCUCGUAUAGUUCGCAUUGCUACCCAUCCCAAUGCUAUGAAGCUUGGAUAUGGCUCAACUGCAGUUGAGCUCCUAGCAAGGUACUAUGAAGGACUGUUGAGUCCAAUUUCAGAAUUGGAUGUAGAAGAUGCCAUGGAGACACCACCAGUCAGAGUUACAGAAGCUGCAGAGAAGGUUUCAUUGCUAGAAGAAAAUAUUAAACCAAGAACAGACCUACCUCCUUUGCUGGCACAUCUUCGUGAACGACAGCCAGAGAGGCUCCAUUAUAUUGGUGUAUCCUUUGGGCUCACCUUGGACCUUUUUCGUUUUUGGAGGAGACAUAAGUUUGGUCCAUUCUACAUUGCCCCCAAUCCAAAUACUGUUACAGGGGAGCACACAUGUAUGGUGCUGAGACCAUUGAACAACGAUGAUGUUGUGGUCAGUGGAUCGGAUGAAUGGGGCUUUUUUGGUCCAUUCUAUGAAGACUUCAAGAAAAGAUUUAUGAGACUUCUGGAUUUUAAUUUCCGUGCAAUGGAUUAUAAGCUUGCUAUGAGCAUCCUGGAACCUAAGAUUGAUUUCACAGAGGCAGAACCUGUGAUGCGCAACUCAGAUGGAUUUUGUAAAUCACUUAGUGAUGAUAUAUCACCAUAUGAUAUGGAACGGUUGAAAGCUUACACUAAUAAUCUUGUUGAUCAUCUGAUGAUAGCCGGCCUUGUUCCCAUUCUCGCACGUCUAUAUUUUCGAGGGAAGCUUCCAGUUAAACUUUCAUAUAGCCAAGCUUCAGUUUUACUCUUUUUUGGUUUGCAGCGACAAAACAUCACUUAUAUUGAGGGACAGAUGAAUCUAGAAAGAUCGCAAAUUUUAGCUUACAAUCUGAAGAUUAUGAAGAAGUUAUGUACAUAUCUAGAUGACAUUGCAUCCAAGGAGAUUGGUUCUACUCUUCCUCGGAUAAGAGAAAGAGUGCUGGAGCCUCACAGUAUCUCUUUGGACGAGGAUCUCAAGGAAGGCGCAAAACAAGCUGAGGAUUCCAUGAAACCCACAACAGAGGGUUUGUUAAAUCCAGAGUUUCUCCAACAAUAUGCCAUUGUUGACAGAGACGCCGAUUUUGAGAAUGCUUUGCAAAAUGGUGGAAAGAUACCCUCGGGAGGUCUGGUCAGCGUAAAAUCGAACAGAAAAAAACAAGAUAAACAUGAGAAGCAGAAAGAGGGUCAUAAGAGUGGGAAAAAGAGAAGCAAUGACCGUGGCUCGAAAUCAAACAAAAAGAGUAAAUAUUGAAUUGUUGAAAAAGGAAACAGUUAUGCAAUAGCUGCUUGUUAAGAUCUUUGUAUUUUGAAUUGAGUUAUACAACAGAUUUACAGGUUGAUAUUGUUGCUUUAUGGAUUAUAUUUGGGCAAUUUUGAGGCUGGAAUAAGCUGUAGCCCUUGUAUUGACAGUGCUAUUGUUUUUCUAAAGAACAUAGUGAGGGGAAGGGAUUGUGGUAAGAAGCAGUAUAAAUGUAUUUGUUGUUGCUUUAGUAGGAAGAUUUUUUUUUUUAGUUCUUAACUUACAUUAUCUUGACUUUGCCUACAAUCCUCAAUUACUAAUGGAUUGUUUUUUGUCA